AUGUUUAAGCAGGGUAAUAACCCAGUCGAUGAGAGUGUUACUUUAGAUGACUUUUAUAAUCAUUUUAAAUCUCUGGACGCAAAAGUGGAUGAUAACGACGAUGUACAAGAGUUUCUACGCGAAUUUGACAAUAAUUGUGAUAACACGGAAGAAGUUACAUUCGAGGAAUUAGACAUGCCAAUUACGGAGAAUGAAUUACGUAAAGUUGUUAACUCUUUAAACAGAAACAAAGCCGCUGGAUUAGACAAUAUGAUAAAUGAAUAUUUUAAAGAGUGUAUCGACAUCCUUUCCGAACCGUUGUUACUUAUAUUCAACAAAAUUCUCGACGCAGGAGAACCUGUCUGUUCUCUUAAUGACCAAAGUAAAGUACCUUACGAUUGGGUACCAAAUCAACACCUGGAACCUGAGCCGGAUAUUUCAAUUGGUGAAAUUUUGAUGGAUAAUCCAUGUUCGUAUGAAUCAGUUAAAAGAGUUAUCAAAGAAAUACGAAAAACUAGCGGAGUGACAGAAGAUAACUUAAAAACAUGGUGUAUUAUGGGAUGCGACGGCCUUCCCUAUACGCUAGGAUCGAGACUAAUUGAAAAAAAUAAAGAUAUGCAAAAUAUCUUACUUAUUCCCGGACACGGGCACAUAGAGAUGAAUGUGGUAAAAGCUGCUUUUAAGUUACUGUGGGAGCCCAUUCUACAGGACUUAAGUAAGGAAUGUGGUUUCAAGUCACCAAGGGCACAAGUUGCGGCACAAUCGUGUACUGAUCACCACAAAUCAUACAUGCUUUUGGAAAUAAUGUUUGAAAGUGCUUUGCAGGAGAUCAUGACAACUUUUAUCAUAAAUAGUGUGCAGAAUUCAAUAACACCUAACAUAGCCACUUUUUUUGAUUAUAUAAAAUCUUCAAAAGACAAAAAUUAUAGAUUUAUGUGUGACGCAAUAAUAAACUUUAUUUUUCCAAUAUUUCUAUAUAGAGCCGGUGUUAGGAGAAACAAUUUCGGAUAUAUAUCUGCAGCUAAAGCUAAAUUUUUUAAACUAUUUUUUUCUGGCAGAAUGAAAAAUUAUCAGCAGCUUAUUAUGAAAGAUAUUAAAACAUACAUCCUAGCACCUCCAGAAGUGAAGCAUUUCUUACAGAAAACCCAAUCUUUUACUGUCAGUGGACACCCUUCAAAAGGAGAAGGUGGAGAUUUCAUUCUUGAAGCGAUUAAUAAGAAAAUCCAAAGAUGGUUGCCCCCGGGGAUACCGCUUGAAAAACAUUGGCGACAGGUGUGUCGAACUGCACAUAUACUUGAUAAGAUUCGUGAAAAUACUUUACAACAGUGUACAAUAACCGAGGACAGAUCGUCAUAUGUUUAUAAAAGAGAUAUAUCAAAUGAAAUAGAGAAAUACCGGAUGAGACUGAGGAAAAUAGGAUAUCUUAACAACAAACAGACGUUAUCAAGCCGACAUACAUCUGUUAAUGGCGAAAUUUUGGACCACGAGCUUUAUUUGUUUGAAAAUCAAAUAAAUGUCAAUAUAGAAGCUUUCCUGAAUUGUCAUGAAAAUCCGCAAAUUACACCAGUUUUCACCACGGAGUUGCAGAGAACAACAUUUCAUUCCAUUGAACGUAAAACAAAGAAGCAGUUGAAUGACAUCAUCGAGAGAGAUCUCAAGGAAAUUGAAGAAAACGGCAACAUGGAAGACGCAUAUGUUUUUAAAAAUAAGUGGAUUAAAGUUAAAAGUCGGCCAAAACAAGAAAUGCUUCAAUUUUAUAAAGAAAUGGUUGCUUCUAUAGAAAGUUCAAAGGCAGAUUCAAAUUACAUUUCCGAUGAUGACAGUAGUGAGGACGAUAAUUCUUAACGAUGUAACCAAAGGAAGAAGGUAUAACAUAUUUCACAACCUACCAUUAUGGACACCUCGUAUAUAAGCUGCACGAAAUUCACGUGUAGUUGUAGUCAAUAUUUAAG